AUGCCCUUCUAUCAGUCAACAUCUCUCAGCACACUAACUGGUCUAGAGUCAGCCAGCUCUAGCUCUCCAGUCCCACCCUCUCUGCUUUCUAUUUAUAUUCAUCCUAAUUUCUCUCCAGGACUAUUUUCUACCUCUGAUGACGCACUGCUGUCACUUGUUGCCCUUCUUCUACUUUAUUUCUGUCUUUCUUCUCCACACAACUCCUGUGAUCGGACUCAUGGAGUUGUUGGAAUGGUUGGUAUGCUGGAAUCCUUCAUCGUCAACAUUUGUGCGUUCUUUUCCAACGUACUCCGUGCUUUAUGGACAAUAUUAAACUCUGAGCCAGCUGGUUUGGCAAACCAAGGGCCUUCUCUCAGAGAUUUCAUGGAGGAGUUGAGUCCCAGAAAACUGGCUGAAAAGCAGCUGAAAGAACGGUUCCUGGAGGCCUUGCAGGCAAACAAUGCACAGGAAGUCCUGCAGAUUUUACAUACCAGCACACUAGAUAUUGACACCGUGCUGGAGGUGGAUGAUCCCAGCAUGGUCCUGGCCUCAUACAAACAAGGAUACUGGCUACCAGGCUACAAACUGGAGAAGUCCUGGGCAAUGGGGAUCCAUGUAUGUGUGAUGUACAAUGCUGUGGAAACAGCACUGGUACUUCUUCAGAAAGGCGCAGCUGCGAACCGGAUGCCCAAUGGGAAGACUCCGCUGCAUGUGGCCUGCGAGGUCUCCAAUGAAGACUGUGUGGCCUUGCUUUUGGAUCAUGGGGCAAAGGUCAACAGCCUGUCACUGAGUGGACACACACCGCUGCACUACUGCAUUACCCAGGAGUCUGUAGGCUGUGCCAAACAGCUCAUACUCAAAGGUGCGAAAGUCAACAAGGCGAGCCACAACAAUGAAGCGGACACACCUCUACACACAGCAGCCAGAUUUGGUGUCCCGGAGCUGGUGGCUCUCUUUUUGGCUCAUGGAGCAUCUGUGAAUGCAAUGAACUCUAUGCAGGAGACUCCUCUGAUGACUGCAGCCUACUGGGCUUUUGACACCAAAGAGCAAAUCUAUAGCCAAGACCACCAUCUAGUCUGUCGCCUCCUGCUGGACCACCAAGCUGAUCCCAAUCUUCAGGAGGAGGACCACAAAACAGCUCUUCACAAGGCAGCCUGGAACUGUGAUCACGUCCUCAUAAAGAUGCUGCUGGAGGCUGGAGCAGAUCCUCGAGCCAUGGACAUCAACGGCUGUUCCCCCAUUCAGUAUCUCAUCAAGGUGACAGAAGUCAGACCCAUGGCCAUACCGGACCUCUGCUUUCAGCUGCUGCUCAACUACAAUUCAGCACGGAUCUACCCAUCACAGUUCCACAAGGUGUUGCAGUCCUGUCAUGACUACCCCCGAGUAAUAGAAAUCUUGGUUAACUCUUAUGAAAGUAUAAAGCCCACAAGGAAGUGGAGAGCUGCUAUUCCUGAUGACUGCUACAAGCGCCAUAAAGACUUCUACGACUCUAUGUUUGCCGUUUGCAUCAACGCUCCUCGCAGUCUGCUUCACCUCAGCAGAUGUGCCAUCAGAGCCGCCCUGGGCAGGCUCUGUGACAGAGGAGUGCCACAGCUGCCUCUGCCAUUAUCCAUGAAGAAAUACUUAUUACUGGAACCUGAGGGGAUGCUGUACUGAUGGAGAUGCUUUGGCUGUCUAAUGUGCAGAAUGUGGCCUAAUGAGCUGAAUAGAAACAUUUAUUAAGUGCCUCUCCGC